GGAAGCGCGAGCAGCCUGACAGAGGCACUCUGACUGACAGGUGACGAGGCCCGCGUGCGUGCGUCAGGGGGAGAAGAGGAGCUCGCGCCACCACUUGCCCUCACAGGAGCCGCCCUCCCACCUUCCAGGAGAGGGGGGGGAACCAUCACCCCCCCUCCGCACACCUUGUCCGUCAGCGGCCGGAGUGAGAGGACAGGAGACAGCCACGCCCCCCUCCCCACCAGCAGCACUGCGCGUCAUGGUGUAACUGCAAUUAAAACUAUGGCAUUGAGAAGCAUGUUUGAGAGUUUCAGCUUGGCAAAAAUGAGGAAGUUGAGGAAAAUGUGAGAACUCCACGUGAUGUUACGGUUUCCCUAAGUUUCUAUCCAUAUUCAUUCAGCUGUCUGUGUCCAGGAAUCCUCAAUCUUCAGGCAUCCUGUCAAUGGCAACCCAAAAGAGGCGCUUUGUAAAAGAAUUUAAUCCUUACAUCACAUGCUACAUCUGCAAAGGCUAUCUUAUCAAACCAACAACAGUCACAGAGUGCCUGCAUACUUUUUGUAAGACUUGUAUUGUCCAACAUUUUGAAGAAAGCAACGAUUGCCCCAAAUGUGGAAACCAAGUGCAUGAAACAAAUCCAUUAGAAAUGCUUAGGUUGGACAAUACUCUAGAAGAAAUUAUAUUUAAAUUGGUGCCGGGACUAAGAGAAGGGGAGCAGAAUCGAGAGUUAGAAUUUUGGAAGAGAAAACGACCACAAGCGAAUGGAGGUGAUGGAACUCCGAAGGAAAAGAGGCGCAAAGAAGAUGAAGAUGAUAAUGAUGAGGAUAAAGACUAUCACAGAAGUGAUCCACAAAUUGCAAUCUGCCUUGAUUGCUUACGUAAUAAUGGCCAGUCUGGGGAGAACGUAGUUAAGGGUCUGAUGAAGAAAUUCAUCCGCUGUUCAACACGUGUAACUGUUGGGACUAUAAAAAAGUUUUUAAGCUUAAAAUUAAAACUUCCUAGUUCAUAUGAGCUGGAUGUACUAUGCAAUGGUGAAAUCAUGGGAAAAGAUCAUACAAUGGAGUUUAUAUAUAUGACAAGAUGGAGACUAAGGGGUGAAAACUUUCAGUAUCAGAACAGCACGACUUCACUACACAUGUCUCUCACCGAAACUCAUCGAGAUGUAUCCGAAGCAUCUACAAACUCUUUUCCCAUGGUACUGCAAUAUCGUCCAAGAAUCGACUUUGGUUAGCUAAUAUACCUGGGACACACUGAGAAUCCUGCACUAUUUGUUUACUCAUCGACAGAUUGCACAAUGAAUGGAUGUGCUGAAUCUAUGGACACAAAAGAUGCCAUUAAUAUUACAGCAUGCCAACAUUAAUGUGGUUUCUCUCCAAAUAUGUCAGCUGUAUAUUUGUUAAUAUUACUAAUGUAAUUGAAACAACCAAAUAUGUGCAUUUAUGUUAUUGUAAUGCCGCAGCUAGAUAUAUAAAAGCGGAGUCUACAAAACAUUUUGUAAUCAUACAGUUUUUGUAGUAACAGCACCAAUGUGUAUUGCCUUAGAAGACUAAUAGAAUUAUUCCUUUGUUUUCCCAUUUUAUAAACUGUAUUUUGUUAAAUGGUGAAAUAGAAAGCAAAUUGACUAUUCUGGCUUUAUUUUUGGGGGAACUAACAUCAACUAGAAAUAAGCAAAUUAUUUUUAACGUCAUCUCUAUUAAAACCAAAUAUUUGUUAUAUGUAUAGGCCAUAAUCAUUAUUUUGUUAUACUACAUUGAAACUGGCUCUAUUUUUAUUUUUUCUUUCCGAGAAACCCAGUGUUUACUGUUUUGAAAAACAAUCCAAAAUUAAGGUACGUUACUUUUUUAGUAUUGUAAAUUCAGCUAUAAAAGCCUGGCCAAUUAGAAUUGUUUUUUUAGAUUUUAAUAUUUGUAUGUUUUAUUUCCGUUUUCUGUUUUGUUUUGUUUUUAUGUGUUUUUGUUUUUUUUUGUGUUCUUCAUAUUCCUUAUUUUUUUUUCUCAUGUUCUAUUGUAGUUUAGUAUUUACCAAAUAUUUUAUAAUUGGUUGUCUUCCUUGUUUUAAAUAAGUAUACAGUAUAAAGUUAUUUUAAACUAUAACAAUGCUAUGUGUAAUGCAAAGUUUCAGGUUGCCCCAGAACAAUCAAAAGUUGAAUGUAAAAAUAUUGACCACAAAUUACUGCAACUUUUGAAUUGUAUAAAUACUCCUCUACAUAUCUCAGAGGGUAUUGCAUUGAUGAUGGAAAGGUAGUUAUAUUUUAAAUAGUAUAGAAAGCACACCUGGCAAACAAUGCCCAUACAGCUCCUCUGAUACACCAAAUGCGUACUAUACCUAUAGCUAGCAGAUGAUCAUAGCUGUAGCACUUUUGAUAAGUGGCAAAAAAAUUGGUCGGCUAUUUGAGAACUGGUCUAAUGAAAUUAAAUUGUGCUUCCUUGUUUAUUAUGCACAGUUAGCACAGAAGUGUUUCUUUUGUUUCAAAAAGUGGUUAGAUGUUCUCAAUUCUGUUUCUCUUAAGGAAAUAAAUUAAUUUACCAUAAACUAAUGCUGGGUCAUAUAUAUAUAUAUGAUAUAUAUAAUUUUUCUUUUUAGGAGACCUAUAUAUUAACCAAAACAAACUGAAUUAAAAGGAAUAAUACUGUAGCCUUUAAACAAUUAAUCAGAAUAAACAAGAUGAUUUAUUGCACUAUUGUAUUUGAAGAAGGGACUUGAUGUCUGGAAUUAUAUUUUUAUAAUUUAUAUUUUAUGUUAAAAUCUAUUUUUACCUGGAAAAGGAUAUAUGUGGAAAUACUGCACGCUAAUUGGAUCCUUUCAAAAUCAAACUUUUGUAUUUGGAAAAUGCUGAGUUUAAACUAAUAUUUUUGUAAAAACAGUAAUUUUAUAAAGCCUAAUACAAAGUGUGUUAGUCACUCAUCUAUAAUACGCCAUAAUUUAAGUAUAUGUUGUUGAUGUUUAUAUGCCUGUCUUAUUUGAAAGUGAUAAAUAUAGACACAA